AUGGUUGGAAUAAGCAAGGCUAAUGAUAUAAACUCGUCAGACUAUUAUACAUAUACACCGUAUGAACAAGACAAGGGUUUGCAUUAUGAGAACUUAGGUCCAGUUAGAAUAAUAGGAGCAGAGUAUAAGCUCAUUACUUAUUUCUCACUAAAAGAAUAUAACGCGAAAUAUGAGAUAUUAGGAGAAAAAAUGAAAAAUUGUAAAUUUUUAAGAGAAAUUUGUACAAUGCGCAAAAAUAAAGAUUUUUGUCCGAUUGUAUAUCUUGACGAAACAUGGGUGAAUCAAAAUCAUUCGCGGAGUGUCGCUUCUCAACAUAAUACAAACAUGGUGGGUCCAAAAAUCCCGACUGGAAAAGGUGGGCGUCUUAUCGUUGUUCAUGCAGGGUGUGCUAAAUACGGGUUCAUUCCAAAUUCAAAAUUGGUUUUCCGGAGCAAUACUGGCAAUUCUACGGAUUAUCACAGCCAAAUGAAUUCGGAAUUGUUUAAAUCUUGGUUCACCCAAAUGUUGAACAAUCUUGAAGAACCGUCCGUCAUCAUAAUGGACAAUGCAUCAUAUCAUUCAACCCUUAUAGAUAACUAUCCAAAGAGCAAUACAAAAAAAGCAGAUGUACAGGAGUGGUUGACUAAAAAAAAUAUCAAAUUUUCACCAUUAGAGACGCUAGCAGAACUUAAAAUGAGAGUUAAAGCUUUAAUACCAAAUGAAAAAAAGUAUGAAUUGGAUCAAUUGGCAUUAGAAAUGGACCAUGAAGUAAUUCGACUUCCUCCAUAUCAUUGCCAAUACAAUCCAAUUGAGCUGAUAUGGGCGCAAGUGAAAGGCCAAGUUGCAAAAAACAAUAAAACUUUUAAAAUGUGCGAUAUCGAACGAUUAACUCACGAAGCAUUAGAUUCGGUCACCCAACAUGAUUGGGAAAAGUGUGCGAGACAUGCAGAAGAACUUCAAGACAAGGAUAAUGAAAAAGAAAUCAUGAGAGAUGCUGUAUUCUAA